UUCCUUUUUAUUCCGCAACAAUAUAUCUAAAAUUCAAUUGUAAAUAACAUUAAAAAAACAGGAGGAAUCGUACUUUUCUUAACUGAAAACUUACGGUCUAGUGCUUGCUUUUAACAUCAUUUUUCAUCGAAAUCUUUCAUCUGGUAUCAAAUUUCGUUAAUAGCAGCAAUAGAUCGAAUGGAAUUAUCAAAAUCUACGAAAAAAUCUCUUAAAAAGGAAUACGAAGUUCGUGAUAAGAGCAAUACUUUAAUGAAAGAAGCAAAUCCUCCAAUCAGAGAGGUUCCUGCUUUCACCAUUGAGUCUUUACAGAAAAACACAAAGGUUACGGGACCGCCAUUAGAGAAACCUCUUAAAGUAAAUGUUUACAAAAGUUUAUUUAGAAAGAGAUACGAGACGGGUGAAAUUCCGGUAUUUCUCUAUCAGGAAAGCUCUGGAUUUAGUUUAAAGUGGUUGGUUAACAUUUCUGAUCUAGACUAUCGCCAUUAUCUACCAUCUUUUAUGGAAGGAUUAUUAGAACUCGAACAUCCAUAUAAUCUAAUCGCCGAACUAGGAUGCAAGGAAAUGAUGAAUAAUGGUGGCGAAAAAAUAAUUCAUGCGCUGCCUUACGCUAUUCCACAAAUUAACAAAGCCUUAGCAACUCGCCAUCCACUUAUAUUGGUCAGAGCCUGUCGUGUCAUUCAAAGUUUAGCUCUAUCGGAAGCUGGCCCAUUUUUGGUAUCCGCUUAUCCUAAGCUUCUUCCGUCAUUGCUCUUAUUUUUAGAAAAUAUUAAAAAUUUAGGUGAUGGAAUUGAUUACGGUCAGCGAAAAGGAAAUUGCUUGGGCACAUUGGCCAACGAAACUUUGCAAUUGCUAGAAAAGGCAAGAGGACCGGAUGCUUAUCAUCAUAUCAAAAAAGUGAUUCCGGUUUACGAAUCGUGUGUCCACAAUUAUUAGAGAUUCAGGAGCUUUAGACAUUUAAAUUUUCUGUUAGCUUUUCUAACUGUUUUGUUAGAUAAAGAAUUCAGAAAAUCGAUCCGGUAUUAGAAAAAAUUCCUGCAAAUUUUCAAAUAAAACUUAAAAAAAUUCUAUACAGUUGUAUUUAUAAGCU